AUGGAGCUUGACCGAGCGGACGAGGAGCUGCUGCUCGAAAAGGAUCCGCGGCAGGCCGUCGUGGGGAGACGCGGUCAGCACCAGGACUUGCUCUUUUCAGUUUCCUUUGCUGGCAACUGUGGACUUGUGGGCUUCAUCGCGCUCUAUUAUGGGCUACCGAACGUCUCGAGUCUUUACUUUACCGUGCACCACAAGGACGAGUCGUCCCACGGCCUCAAGAUUUUUAUUUUAUUCUUGGCGACCUCCUGCAUUGGCGGCGUCGUAUCGGCGUUGUGGCUGCAGGUGCUGCAGAUUCAGGCCAAGCGCGUGAUAUCUUGGACCUUUAAAGGAGGCAUUGUUGCCUUUGUUGCAGCAUCGUUCGUAGCUUUCUACGACUCGGGCAUGGCUGGCAAGGCUAUCGGAUUUCUCAACCUAUUCUUCGCCUUCAUGAUUAUCACGUUCUACGCGUCUGCCCGAAGAUCAAUUGCGUUUGCUGCAUGCAACUUGACAGCCGCCUCUCGCAUCUUAAGGAUGUGUCCUGGCGUGAUUACGUCGGCAUACAUUGCUCUGCUGGCCCAGGGAGUGUGGGCCAUUAUAUGGGGUGUAGCCGUCGUGGGUGUCCUUGCUAAGGCAGUGGGCAAUCUCCACGAUUCAAGUUUGUUUGGCAACACAUGUGUUUUCUUUCUGCUGCUAAGCUUUUACUGGUUUAUGCAGGUUGCUAAAAACGUAGUACAUUGCAUCACUGCUGGCGCCGUUGGCGAGUGGUGGUACGGCUCUCAAGAUGCUAACACAGUUCAGCGGGCGCAGACUCGUGCGCUUACAACGUCUCUCGGCUCGAUCUGCGUCGGCUCGUUGGUAGUCGCUGCGCUGAGCGCAUUGCACACGCUUUUGCUAUCAUCGCCGAGACGACGGGCCAAGGGCACUGCCAACGCGUGUCUGGAGUUUCUGGUAAAGCUGGUCGUGCGCAAUAUGCAGUAUUUCAACAAGUACGCAUUUUGCCAGGUAGCGUUGCACGGAAAAGACUUUUGGCUUGCUGGAACAGACACAAUGCACCUUUUCCGGGAUCGUGGGUGGACAGCUUUACUGAAUGAUUCACUGAUCUCGAGUGUCCUUGCAAUCGGUUGUCUGGUUGCCGGCACCAUGUCCGGAGUAAUUGGAUCGAUCUGGCUGUAUAUAGCGCUGCGAUGCACACCAGACGAACUUGCCGAGCACCCGAACGAGUGUCAGACCUUUAACGUCGUGGUUCUGGCCUUCGUGGCUUGUGCUUCGAUCGGUUUUGCCAUGUGCAUGACCGUGUCUUCCAUUCUGGACUCCAUCGUCGCGACAAUGUUUGUGUGCUUUGCCGAGGAUCCUGCCGCACUGCAUUAUUCGCAUCCAGAAGAGCAUGCGCGCCUUGUCGAAGCAUGGAGCCGCCUGCAGCCGGACUUGCUGAACUUCCCGACUCACAUGGUGUGA